AACCACCACCAGUCCACCACCCUCAUUUCAACUCUUGUAAGUCACCGUCCGGUACUGUCUGCUGACGUGCGCAGCCUCUCCCACCUCGGCCAUGGGCGUACUCCGCCGCCGUCACCAUUACUGGUUGCCAGCACUAGUAUUGACGGCCUUCACUCUUCUCUUGUUCUCUUCUGCUGCUUCAGCCAUGACCAGCAGAAGCAGCAGAGCAUCAUCAGCGCCAAGUUUUGGAGUCGCAGCAAGACACGUGCAACCUCGCAUGGAAGAGAAGGAAAAAAGGGCAACGGCGGGGGAUGAGAAGAGGUCGAGGGGUCCAGGGUCGUGGCCGCCGUCGUGCAGGUCAAAGUGCGGGUGGUGCAGCCCAUGCGAACCGGUUCACGUGCCGGUCCAACCGGGUAUGAUCAUACGGCUUGAGUACUACCCAGAAGCGUGGCGUUGCAAGUGUGGGAACAAGCUUUUUAUGCCUUGAUCACUCAUCAUUCACACAACCAUCAUCAUCAUCAUCAUCAUAUAUUAACCUUGUUGCCAAAACAGAACAGGAAAAGACAUUGCAGGCACCCAUCUUAAGAUUUUCCCCUUUAGGUUUCUUUUUUAUUUUAUUAUUUUCUUAUUAUAUCUUUCUCUCUCUCUCUCUUCUCUCUCUCUCUGUCUCAAUUUUAGUGCCUACCAACAUGCAUUGAUUAAUGAUUGUGGUGAUGAGGAUGGGUUGUUGGUGAUGGUGCUUUGUUUUUUUUGUUCUUCUUACAAUUAGUGUUAUAUUAUAGUUAGUACUAAGUAUUAUUGAUAUCUCAACAUUUGGAGGGUUAACCCUUUUUUGAGACAGGAAGCUAGGGAACGUUGGGAAUGUAAGAUGCUAAUAAUCUCAGAUUUUCCAGAGAUAUAUAUGUUCAAGCAUCCCUUCUCUGUUUUUAACACACCUCUCUCUCUCUUUCUCUCUCUCAAUGUAUAUAUUAUAUGGUUUCUCUUUCUUGUUUUGGUUCUUUAUUAA